AUGAGUUUGGACCAAAGUGAUCAAUCAGCUGCAUCAGUAGGUCAAACACUUGAUGAAGCUGAGACUACACAGCCAACAGGUCUAUCGUUUGUGUUUGCCGACAGUGAUACCUUUUGUAAUGAGCUAAACGAACUGUACUCCUAUGUCGAGUUGUCGUCACUUCGAAAGACAGAGAUAUCAACAUUAUUCACAGAGGACUUGAACAAAUGUACAGGUGGCAUUAAGAGAUGGACUGAACUUACGACAGAAGAACACAUUGAGUUCAUUGAGUCAACACUCUCCUAUCUGGACCUCUCGCCAAACGGCAGUGUAGAACACUAUCAACGAUUCUUGAACAAGGCUAGCAUCAUCCUAUAUGUGGCACAGGGCAGUGAUGAUUCACACCCAGAGAAAACAAUGACUUACAACUGUCAGCUGCUACUCAAGUCCAACUGUUUGCCAUUGCUACUACAGGUCUUGCUCAUGGCCUCAAAUAUCUCCAAUGCAACGAUCCCACCACCAACAGAGACAACAGAUCAGUUGCAGCAACAGGUACACCAUCACAUUAGACAACAAGAGGCAAAGGCCCGCACACCAAAUGUCAACUCAAAGAAGGCAGACCACCUGAUGUGUACGAUACUCAAUAUCAUCUAUCAUAUAGUGAUGGUCAAUCAGGGUGACCCAUUACUUCAAGGUGGACAAGGUCAGGAUGUGAUCGAGACCAUGAUCCGUCUAGUGACAGAGUUUAGCGAUAUUGAAGGCAAUCGAUACCCUGUAAAGAAGAUCAUCUUGGUGUUGUGGAAGACUAUGACUGCACACUUUGGAAGCUUCUCACAACUGGAACAACUCAAAGAGAAUAGACUAAACUCUUGCCACUUUGACAAAGACACACCAAAAACAUCUCCAUAUGACGUGUAUAACUUUAUCAAAGGCACAAGUCGAUUCCAUCACCAGGUGCGACACUCUAGCCUCCAUCAAGUGACCUCACAUCUUGCACAUACAAACAGUGCCUCAUCGAUAUCACCAAACCCAAUACCAGCACUAUCCAAUCGAAAGUUUGAUAUUCUUCGACUGCCCUCUGCGCUGGGCGAUUCACUGAGAGUGCUCGAGAAGAACAUGUACCCGCCACGACAAUUGUACAAAGACAUCGGAGUGUCCACUCCUUCCAACAGGGACGCCACAAACACAGAGCCAACACCACGUAUAUUCCUAGACACCUGCUCACCAUUCGAGCAGUUCUACUCCUCCAACCUAUCCACCCUAUCCAAAACAUUCAUUGUACUUUUAAAGAUACUGCUGGCCGCAGUACCAGGUGUGAAGAGCUACACUGGUCCAAUUAAUCUAAAGUCUGAAAUCACUAUUGACUCUCCAUCACCAGGUCACUCUGCCAGUCUUGUAGAGACAAUGCAAUCAGCCGUUGACUUUCUCAGACACAAAGAGAUUAUAUCCAAAGCCUUGUUGGCCAUCCUGCUGCUACUACUCAAACAUGCAAAGUAUAACCAGGUACUUCAGUUUGAGAAUCUGACACAGAUAAUAUUCGACUCGAAUGGAUUGGUGCUGGCGUAUAAGUACCUUGUACAAGAGUCCAUCGAGAAGUUCAUCAAGGCACAGAAUAUUAUUCCCAAAGAGGAAUUCUAUCCUGUGGACCAAGAGACCUCUACAUCAACAGAAUGUUGGAGGAAUUUGUUUAGUACUGCAUGUCUACUUAGGAUAAUCCAAAAGGUAUCCAAGUAUCAUCCAUCUAGGUUCACCGUGAUUCCACCCUCCAAAGCAGUUAACAUAUUGAAAAAGUAUUCUGUUAUUGAGCAGCCCACAAUUAGAAAGUACAGUCUAAAGAUCAUCAAGAGCCUUCUUCCAUAUCUCACCAAGAAGUGGAGACAGAACAAUAUGAAAGUGAUCACAGAUAUAUUCCUCCAUGUUCCUAUCCACAUCAAUGAUGUUUGGCUUUCACAGCAGAAUGAGUUGACCCCACAAGAGGCCAGCGAGAUGGAACAGGCCAUCACUGACAGGAUCGAAGAAUACCACCAACGCAACUAUGAGCAGUGGUACGACAGCAACACACCGCGUCUGCUGGGCGAAUUGAUGUACUCUCGACAGGAUCCACUGGGCAUGAACGAGAUUGACUUUACGCUCAAUUCAUUGGAGCUCACCGAAUCAGAGAAACAACAGUCCAUUCAGUUGGCCGAUGUGUUGUGUGAUACGUCCUCAUCGACGCUCAUGAUCGUAUUGGACAAGUUGGAAGAUCAGCUUCUCUAUGAGCAAUGGAAUAUCCAGAAGCCAUCAUUCUCCAUCCAGGACAAUGCCCGAUCAAAGCACUCACAUGGACACGAUGAAUAA